CGACAUCGCGUCAGUAUGUCACUAGAAGCGUUCUAUAAACCACUAGAGGAGGCCCGUAAAUCAAUUAAUGACUGGCUUACAAAAGAUGCUGAGCUCGUCCCAGAACUGGAUGAGUUGAUGAAUUCAUCUGCUAGCACUUCUUACACUCUACCACCAUCUGGAAGCUGGUCAGCUUUCGUUAAGCGCAAAACUAUCCACUUACCAGACACACUAUUCGAGCAAUACAAUAGAGUACAAUGUCGCUGCUUUAUGGGUUUAUUCCCAGAGAUUGAUAGAGCUUGGAUUACAAUCGACAACAAGCUUUAUUUGUGGGACUACGUUGACGGUAUCGACUUCGCCUCUUACGAAGAUUUACCUGAGUUGAUAGUCAGCCUCGGUUUGGUGAAGCCAAAACCAGGCGUCUUCGUAGACACGAUCAAGUAUUUAUUGGUUAUCUGCACUCCAUCGACGGUUUCUUUACUAGGUCUCUCUGCUGCAGACUCACCAUCAAGGGAGUUGGCGCUUUAUUCAACUGGUAUUUCUGUAAAUACAGAUGGUGUAGACAUGGUCUCAGUUACAAGUACAGAAGACGGAAGGAUCUUCCUUUCAGGCUCUGACAGCUGCUUGUAUGAGCUCAACUAUCAGGCAGAAGAGGGCUGGUUCAAGAGUCGUUGCAGUUUGACGAAUCACUCAUCAUCUGCAAUCGCAAACUUUGUUCCUACAUUCCUCAAACAAUCCUCAACCGAUCCUAUCAUUGGCUUGGCUGUUGAUGACGCACGGAAUUGUCUGUACACACUAUCUGCACAAUCUGUCAUUGAGUUAUACCACCUCGGCAAGGAUGGUCAAGGUACUACGAAGAUUGCAUCUGCUUCAGAAAUCGCCAGGCAAGCUGCAAUGUUGUGUCCAGGUUUCCCUCAAUUAGAUCAACGUACAUUCUCAAUCAAGCGUAUAUUCGUUAUUUCACCAGCUGAAUCAAGCUCUGUACACUUAGUUGCUGUCACUUCAACUGGAGUGAGGUUAUAUUUCUCUCAUCACCGCCGUUCAUACGGAUUUUACAUGGCACCUUCUCCAACUGCUGCACCAACUGGUUUGGAGUUGUUGCAUGUUCGCCCACCACCACAAUCUGAUCAGAGUACUUUCAAGAAUGUCAAUAGCUCAGAUUCGAUUUAUUAUGGUCAUGGUUUAUACAUCGCUGCUUCUGCAAACUCUGAGGAAUUCGAUUCUUUAUUGUGUACAGGACAGGACGUUGGCACUACUGGAUUAACUAUACCUCAGCAACAGCCUACUGCUCCAACAGUUACUACUACUACAAGUGCAAAUGUCAGACCGUCACUUGUUGAAGGUGCCUCGAAUUUGAUUCUAGAGGGAAGAACAUGGGCAAUCGGCGAGGAGAGUGGUCCACUUGCUAAUGCAAGUAAGUUACCCCAAUCAAUGCGUAAAGGCUUACAAGGAAAAGAGCAAGUAGCAAUGAGUGAAUUAACAGUUCAGAUGGCCUACUUGCCAAGAAGAUUCCUCGUACUCACUAAUAUGGGAUUGAGCGUUAUUGCUAAGCAAAGACCAAUUGAUAUUUUAAGAAAUAUCCUCGAAUCUAGUAGUACUGGAAGUAGAGAUCAAGAGAUUGUUUCUUUCUUCAACAACUUCGGUAAAGAUCAGUCGUGUGCUAUGGCAUUAGCCAUAGCUGCAGGAAAUCCAGUUGCUUUAUCGAUGGGUGAAGACCUCUACCCAGCAGGUUCAAAUGUUGUUACAGAGCCUGUUCCUCCUGCAACACUCUCAGCAGAUAUUACACAAAGUGCCAGAAGAUUAUUUUAUGAUUUUGGCGGCAAACCUGUCUCCAUUGAUAGAGGAUACCCAACUGCUGCUACAAGCAUGAACUUAGAUGCACUUUCUACAAACACUGAAAUUCUCUUUAGUGGACGUCACAACGGUCUUGCACUCUAUCUUUCUCGUCUUUUACGUCCAAUUUGGAAAGAAAAAGUUACAAAAUUAUCACCAGCUAACAACAACGCUCGUAGACAAGUUAGCAACAUUUCAGAGUCUUUGCUAACAAGUGUGCAAAGAAAUAUUGCUGACUUACAAGUUUUCUUAAAGAGUAAUCAACAAUUGUUUGCAACCACAGUGGGUGAUUCUCGUGAUAGAUCUGAUCAAUCAGCUUGGAAAGCAGAGCACGCAUCUUUAGUAGGAUUGGAUCAUCUGAUUACUCAAUGUAUUGAGGGUAUUUCUUUCAUUCUUUUGUUGAUAGAUUACCAAUUACCGGAGACAUUGGCAACAUGUGAAAAGAACCUUCAAGAACAAUUGCUUAAUUUGACCUACGUUGACUUGCUGACGUCAAAUUACGGUAGAGAGAUCGCAAGGAAUAUCGUUAAUGAGGUCAUUAAUCAACAAAUUUCUAAGCAAAUAUCCAUUGAUGCGAUCUCAGAAGUAUUACAACAACGUUGUGGAUCUUUCUGUUCAGCGGAUGAUGUUCUACUCUACAAGGCUAUCGAGAAUGUGAGAAAAGCUCAUGAGACGAGAGACAGCACAGAACGUCAAGUGAUUCUCCGUGAGAGCUUAAGAUUGUUUGGAAAAGCUGCAAAAAACCUCUCCAUUGAGAAGCUGAAAGAAGUUACAAUCGAGUAUAGACUACUUGAGUUCCCAUCAGGUGCUAUCGAUUUGUCUUUAAUUUGCGCGAAAGAGUGGGAUAUUCAAGACUUAGGUUUACAUUUCUGGAAUGAAGGCAAGAGUAUCUACUUGCAAGCUUACAACCUUGAGAUCCCAAUUGAAGUACAUAAUGAUACGAGAGUACACUCGUACAAGCGUCGUCAGAGCUGUUACGAAUGUAUUUUCGAAACUCUCGCUGAAGCUAAUGCAAAGGUUGAUGAGGCUACAUCAAAACACGAAGGGGUUGAAGAAAGCGAGCAAUAUCGUCGCAAUGCAUUCAGGCGCGCUAUCGAAUCUGAUGAUGUCGUCUUCCACUCUUGUCUCUACGAUUGGUUAGGAGCUCAAGGUCUAACUGACUUGUUGCUUGACAUCCAGUCACCAUAUCUUGAACAACAUCUGAUGAGAGAUCCACUCACACUGGAAAAAUGUGAACUCCUUUGGCAAUUUUACGUUCGUAGAUCUCGUUUCUACGACGCUGCAAGAGUGUUGGCUUCUUUAGCAGAUUCCUUAGAAUUCACGUUGUCACUUUCUAGACGUCUCGAAUACCUCUCAUUGGCUCUAUCAAAUGCCAAAUCACAACGUCAACCAGUCUCAACUAGUUCCGAUAUUGGUGAUGUCGAAUUUAUGACUAAUUUAGAGGAGAAGAUUGAAGUUGCCCAAGUUCAAGUGGAAAUCUUUAGAGCUGUUAGAGAACAUCCAGAAAUUACUCCUGAAAAUAAACAAAACAUGUUGACAAUGCUCGAACAGCGUUUGUACAAUGUUAGUGAGCUCUUCAGAGAGUUCGCCGAACCGCUUGCAUUGUUGGAAAUUCAAUUGCUUAUUUUCCACAUUGCUGACUUCUACGAUCCAAACUUGAUUGCACAAACUUGGCAAGUUUUGGUCGAGCAUACACAUUACGUACACGAGGAGUUGGCAGUUGAUGAGCGCUUUGAUGCUGUUGCGGGCGUCGCGUACUCCUUGGCUAGACGCUUCUACCCAUCCAAGAUAUCCUUCCCGUUAGACACCGUAAUAAACAUUCUCGAACAGUACAGUUAUGAGCAUGGCGUCAAGAAGACAGGUUGGGUGCCUACAACGCUCAAUGAUGCGGGCGUACCAUAUGGAGCAAUCUACGACGUGUUGGAUACGAUGUUUGAAUCUAAAAUUCCACCAUGGCAAACACAGAAUGCGAUCGUUUUCUUGGUUGCUGAUAUAGUAGUCUUGCUCGAAGCCUGGUUAAGACAACAUACGAGGAAUUUCGGCACACAAUCACUAGGUUUACCAGUUAGGAGAGUCGAUGAAAGUAUUUCAGAGUACAUCGCUUUAUUGUCAAGUGCACCAUACGCCAAUAUGUCUUCCCAAAUAGAUGUCAAGGAAUUGCGUCAACAACUGACGGAAGUACAGCAAUAUCUGCGCUCAAAAUUCUAAAACAUUAUAUUUAAUUUAUAAUUUUAAAAUGAUAAUAAAUGC